UUUUACUACGCAUCCUAUAUCACUCUCUCUAAGGAACACUAUUCUAAAUCAAACUCCUCCAUUAACCUAUUCUCAUCGGCUACGUACUCUCCGAGGUCUCAUCUGCAGCCAUGGAUGUAUGCGGCGAUGACUACUAUGGCGAUGACAAUUCUGAUACCAAUAAUUCCUAUGACGACAGGGACGAAGACGACGAAUAUAUGAUAACGGACAAAAACUAUGAGAUCCUGACGGUAGCAAAACUUGAGAAACGUCAGGAAGAUGAGAUUUCUAAAGUUUCUACUUCUCUUUCAAUACCCCGAAACGCAGCCACCCUUCUACUCCAUCAUUAUAGAUGGACUGAUACCAAAUUAUUUGAUGACUGGUUCGAUGACGAAGACAAGGUGCGCGAAGAGGCUGGCUUGUUAAACAAGGAACGUAAUGAGUGUUCUUGUUCUAGAGACGGAGAGCUAACUUGUAAUAUCUGUUUUGAUUCUUUUACGUUGGAGAAUUUUACUUCUGCUGUCUGUGGUCAUUGUUUCUGUAAAAUUUGCUAUGUUACGUAUAUUACAGGACGUAUCCAUGAUGGUAUGGGAUGCUUGACGAUGAGAUGUCCUGAAUGGGGCUGUAAAGUUGUGGUGGAUCGGGACAUGAUCGAGGGUUUUAGAGAGUUGUCGGAUGAAUACAAGAGCAAGUACAAUCGGUUCCUUGUCCGAUCAUAUGUGGAGGAGAGUCGGAAAAGUAUUAUCAAGUGGUGUCCUGGUAAGGACUGCGACAACGCGGUGCAGCUUUUCGAGAGUAAUAGCCGAAAUUUCGAUGUUACUUGCGAGUGUUCGUGGGAGUUUUGCUGGAAUUGUCAGGAGGAGAUGCACAGUCCAGUGGAUUGCGAGACGGCCGGGAAUUGGAUUAGGAAGAAUGGCUCAGAGUCGGAGAACAUGAACUGGGUUAUAGCUUAUACGAAGCCUUGUCCGAAAUGUAAGAGUCCGAUUGAGAAAAAUGCAGGAUGUUCGCAUAUGACUUGUAGGUUUUCAUGCAAACACCAGUUUUGCUGGCUAUGCCUUGGAGAUUGGAAUAACCAUAACCAUCGAUGCAAUACUUAUGAUCAGAGAGCCCAAGGGGCAGUUAAUGAAGAAGAAAAGAAGAGAUCUGAGGCUAAGCAACUAAUACAAAGGUACAAUCAUUACUACCAACGAUGGGCGAAUAAUCAUUCUUCAAGGAUGAAGUCUCGAGGAGACCUCGAAAAGGUUCGAACUCAGGAUAAAUGGAAGCUCGCUGAGACAUAUGGAAAAACCGAAAUCGAACUGAGAGCAUUAGAAGAAGCUUGGAUUCAAAUCAUUGAGUGCAGGAGAAUUCUAAGGUGGAGUUAUGCAUACGGGUAUUAUAUACCACGCGAUAAUUUAGCUAACAAGAAUCUUUUCGAGGACUUGCAAUGGCAAGCCGAGUCUAAUUUGGAAAAGCUUCAUAAAUGUGUAGAAACUGAUGUUUUACAGUUUCUGUUAGAGUCAGAACCAGGAUUAGGACUACCAGGAGCUGAUGAGUACAAAGCUUUUGAUAUGAACUUGAAGAAUCUUACUCUUGUCGUCAAAAAUUUCUUUCACAGUUUGUUUAUAGUAAUGCAGAAUGGCCUUGAACAUGUGGAUUCUUUUCCAAGAAACAAGAAGCAGAAGCAAUAAAAAAUUUAUCAGGUAUAAUGUUAAUCUAUUUAGUCUUUUCUUUUGAUAAAAUGUAAUUUAUAAGACUGUUAA